AUGUCUAGUAGUAUCAAGAGCACCUUUGUCGGCGCCAUUCAGGCGUCGGCGUCUGUUUUGCUCACCAUUUUCUAUGGUGUUUUCGCAGGCCAGACCAAGCUUCUCUCUGUAGAGACAGGUCGACAAAUCUCAAAGAUUUGCAUCAAAAUGUUCCUACCUGCUCUACUUAUCGUCAAUCUUGGUACCCAGAUCGAGGCAUCGAAUGCAUCUCUGUACCUCAUCAUCCUAGUUUGGGCUCUCGUUUACAACCUCGCCUCUAUCGCCGUCGGAUACGCCCUGACCAAAUGCUUCAGCAUGCCAAAGUGGUUCACGCCCGCCAUCACCUUCAACAACACCACCUCUUAUCCUCUACUCUUAAUCCAGUCCCUUGGUUCAGCCGGUGUUCUUUCCGCCCUUGCCAAGUCUGACGAUGACACUAGCGACGACAUUAUCGAACGAGCUAAAUCCUUCUUCCUUGUCUGCUCCGUCGUAUCCAAUAUGCUCACCUUUGGCCUUGGUGGUAAGCUUCUUGGAGUUAGCGACGAGGAUCCCGUCGAAUCUAUGGAUGAAGACUUGCGCGACCGAGCUGGACAUAACGACCACCCACCGACUGAUAGCCAAGAACCCGACGAGCGUACAUCUCUCCUCCCCGGACGUCUACCUCGAUAUGUGAAGAAGGCAUCCCGCCAUACUGCUCGAGCUCAGCACGCUGUUUGGGACAAGCUGCAUCCUCAAGUCCAGCGCGCAUUGGCACAUGUCACUCAGUUUAUCAGCCCCCCUACCGUCGGCGCCCUUAUUGGUGUUGUUCUUGGGUUUGUUCCUCCAUUCAAGAAGGCCUUCUUUAACGAUAGUGAGGAUGGAGGUAUCUUCAACGCCUGGCUGACCGUCAGUCUCAAGAAUAUGGGAGAGCUUUUUGUUACUUUGCAGGUCAUCGUUGUUGGUAUCAAGCUGGCUCACAGUCUGAGACGUAUGCGACAGGGAAGCGACUCGGGUAACCUGCACUGGCUCCCUCUCUCCAUGGUCGUUCUGAUCCGCUUUAUUAUCUGGCCCGUUCUAAGCAUUCUCUUUAUUCGAAUGCUUAUCACCCAGACCGACGUCCUCGGCGAGGAUCGUGUUCUCUGGUUCACCAUGAUGUUGAUGCCAGCAGGACCACCUGCCAUGAAAUUAGUGGCCAUGGCCGAGGUUGAUGACGCAGAUGAGAAUGACAAGAUGUCCAUUGCCCGAGUACUCAUGACCUGUUACGCAAUUUCUCCUCUGCUGUCAAUCGCAGUGGUUGCCAGUCUCAAGGCUUGUUCUUGA